AUGCUGGAUUUCGGUCAUCAUUUUGACAAGAAAGGCGUCUUACGCUCGUUGUCGGAAAGGCUGCAGCUGGUUGAGCGCGUUGCAUUUGAGCGAGGCGAUGACCGCUUUGUGAAUGGUCUACACGCUAACUACCUCAGCGUAAAUCUACCCUUGAAGGCUAUUAGAUCUGGUGCCGAAGCUUUCGUCCAUUACGAUCGCAUUAUGCUUGCGAUCAACGAGAAACAAGAUUACACUCUGAUGAAGUACGUCACCGUGUUCUACAUGCUUCUCCAUGCAGCUGUGGCCACCCAUACUAAGGCUAAACUGAAGUAUCCCCAGCAGGAACAAACUGCGCUUCAGAGGCGACGAGAGUCGCAGGAAACCCUCUCUAGUGUUCAGUGCUCCCUCUUGGGCAGAUAUGCUCCAAACGCUCUACUCUAUGAUGUACUGCCUCUGCUGCUGCAAAUUGUGCAGCCGCCUAUCAAGACGAUGAACCAACAGUUGUACAGCACGCAGGAAUUGAAGGAGAUUGACAACGUCGUGAGCAUAAUGGCAGAUUAUCACUUGACCUUCACCCCAACAGUCGUGAACUUUCAACCGCAGUACUUGUUUCAGCCACCGAUUGACGUGCUAACAAUGUUCCCCAUAUCGGAUGAGAGCGCACGGAAUUUGCUGUCGAACUCAACAAGACAGAUGAUCGCACAGAAGAUAAACGGUUUUCCAUUGCGCACUGGAAACAGAACCAGAUGA